AUGAGCUCUUUGGGAAGGGAGUCGACAGAUGGCCAUCUUGACCCGGGAACUGGUCGAACAUCGACAUCGGUUGGUCGCAAGAGCUUCGGCGACCUAUUCGGUCUCAACCGAUUGCGUCAAAAUUCGGAUCUUGGUCAGGGCCGACAAGGCAGCCUGACACCAGCUACUCCUGGCUCCAACACAUCGAAGAACAACUCGUUGCAGAUUGCGCGCGAACCGAUCGCUCUGCCCGAGAAGCUCGAAGACGAAACGCCGGUUAAAUAUCUUGGUCGUAUCGAGGAAAUACUCAGUCGCGGAGUCAUUGCCAGCGCGUUAUCUAAGGGAAGCGAUUCGUUCUCGAUAGCGGUCCUCCGCAGCUACAUGCGCCGCUUCAGCUUCUUUGAAUACCCCAUGGACAUGGCUAUCCGAAAGCUGCUCAUGGAGGCUGAGCUACCCAAGGAAACACAGCAAAUAGACAGAUGCCUUCAGGCGUUUGCGAACCGUUACCACGAAUGCAAUCCCGGGAUCUAUGCCUCUCCGGACCAAGCGUAUUUUGUCGCCUUUUCUCUCCUCAUUUUACAUACCGAUGUUUUCAACAAGAACAACAAGCACAAGAUGCAGCAACCUGACUACUUGAAAAAUACCCAGGGAGAGGGCGUCUCAGACUCAAUUCUGAGGUGCUUUUACGACAACAUUACAUAUACCCCUUUCAUUCAUGUCGAGGACGAUCUAGACCUCAGCAGCGAUCGACUUUUGGCAAACAGAGCCAAGCGGAAGACGCUAUUUCCAGGAGGCACGCCGGAGACAACCGUCAGACGGUCAGCCCGUGAGCCUCUUGAUCCCUAUACUCUUAUAAUAGAUGGCAAGCUGGAUAUCUUGCGUCCGAGUCUCAAGGAUGUGAUGGAACUCGAAGAUCACUACAACUACUUGGGGACGGCAAAGGAUCUCAAUGUCAAAGAGCUUCAGAGAACGUUCUUUAGAACCGGUGUCUUGCAAAUAGUGUCGGCUAGGUCACGGCCAGAUGCGUUCCGCGACGACAAGGGCUCCACCAAUCCGGCCGAGGCGGCUCAAGGCGUUGUUGAUAUCAAGAUCACGAAAGUCGGCCUCUUGUGGCGUAAGGAUGCCAAAAAGAAGAAAACGAGGUCGCCGUGGCAGGAAUGGGGGGCUAUUCUGACCGGCGCUCAACUCUAUUUCUUCCGCAACACUACAUGGAUCAAGAACCUGAUGCACCAGUACGAGACUCAUGUCAAACAGGGAUUCGAUGGGGAGCCGAUUACGUUCAAGCCACCACUCCCGGAAUUCAAGCCUGACGGGUAUUUGCCGACAAAAGAUGCGGUUGCGCUCGUUGACGUCACCUACAAGAAGCAUAAGAACGCCUUUAAGUAUUCUCAACCCAGCGGCUACGUCGAAGAGGUUCUCCUGGCCGACAACGAGGAGGAAAUGAACGAUUGGCUUGCCAAGCUCAAUUAUGCAGCCGCGUUUACAACAUCGGGCGUUCGAAUGAGGGGCGUUGUGGGCGGUAACUACGAGGGCCAGAGCCGGCGUGGCAUAAGGAGGCUCGGCAGUUCAGCCUCCGCACAAGUUAUCCAGACCCCCACCGGCGACGUCAGCAUCGUACGCGGGAAGAUUGACCAUAAGGAGGCCGAGUCAAUCCAGGCGCAACGACGACACACAAUGAUGGAUGCAGUUGCCAAAGCCGACGAGGAGAUCGCACUCAAAGAGCAGGAACUCGAGGUGCACUUGAGGAACGCGCGGCAUUUGCAAAUACUGUCGCCCAUCCAAGCCAAAACCCGAGAUCAGAUCCUUUCAGCCGCGGCCCAUAUGGAUGUCAAAAUCAAAUGGAUCCGCAUGGGCAUCUGGAAAUCGAGGUGUCACCGGGAUGUUUUGUUGAAAGAUUUGGCCGAGGAACAGGGUCCGCAGGGCCUGGCGCCCUCCAAGAUGCAAAAUGGGCACGAGUUCAACGAGGCAUCUCCGUCUCGGGAGAAACCUUCCAAUCUUGAAGCUGGCUCGGCGAGCAGCGUCGCGCGAAGACGUCGGCGAUCAUCUGCUGCCGUUUCUACCAUUCAGGGAUCUUCCAAGGCUCCCCAGGCAGAGCCUGAAUCACCGGUCACCGAGGCCUACCAAACACCGCCGACAAGUGCAACGUUUAGUCCGCACAAGCAUCAAAAUUCUUGGGAUUCUAAAGUCUCCAGGUCAAUGGAAUAUUUGCAACGUAAGAGACCUGGCUCUGGCUCCAGUCAUUCUUCUAUCGAACCGACUUUCUACAGCCCGAAACAGCAUUCGACGCCGCAAAAGGAUAUGGACGUUGAGCAAUCUGCAACUGAUCACCACCAUGAUGACGUCGACGCGAACGAACGGGUGCUCCUGGAGCAGGCCGGCCUUCUCGACUCGGGUUCUCGCGGUAGGAUUCAGCCAGAAAGAAAGCGGACUGGGUCACUGUCCGAAGCCGGAGACGCUUCCGAAUCGCGAGAUGCCCCCGGCUCAAUCGAUAAGCAAGACAAAAUGAAGAUCCGACGCAGCUUGCAACGCACGCUGAGGGAAAGUGCUGGCCAUCUCUCGCAUCACCGCAGUAGGAAGGGCAAAGAAAUACUCUCUGGUGGUGGAUCGGACGACAUGGGCCGUGAAGACGUGCUUACGAGAGGCUCCGGAAGUUUUGUGGUACAUGGGAAGAAAGCAUCAGUCAUCAACUUCGGCUCCGAGCUUCAGCAACUCACUCCGGAAGAACGUAUGAAGCAGCGAAAGCAAGAUCAACGUGACGAGCCUGCAUCCCCCGCUAGCCUUGACGAAGACUUCCACGAUGCUCUGAACAGCUCCUUGGUUCCCACCGAGCGACGAGAAUCGGCUGCUAGUGCAAGUACCGCCACGGCUAGAAGCUUUCGCGAGCUUCACCGCAAAUACUCCUCGGCGCACGCAUCCAAGGGGCCGGUGUUUGGCGGUCGUCUAUCGGUACCUUCUGAUGGCGAAAGCGAAGCAGCAGUCAGCUUCUCGGAUGGGAGGCGGACACCACUUCCUCCAAUCGAGAACGAGUCUGGAGAUGAAGAAAACCAGGUCGCUGUCGGUAGCCUGAGGUCCGGAACGGGCCCGCAGUUCAUCGUCAGCCCGCAGCCUAUACCUGCGUCGCUGGCAAACCCGGUGGCAACCCCCUCCGAGCCAACGACUCCGCUAGAACCCCAAAAGGGGGAUGAGAAUGUCCAGGGGGCUGAGAUGCAACGACUUCCCAGCCCAUCCAUACAAGCAGUCAAAGCCUAG